AUGUUAUACAAAAAUCAGAGUUCAGUAACCAGGAAUAUAACCUUUGUUAAUCAGGAUGACAUGAGGAAAAUGGAAUGCAGAAGAAUAACAAACGCUGGUCAAAGACCCAACGAUGCCUUAGACACGGGACAUAGAAUAGAUCUGGAGAAUGUGGAAGUCUUAAGACGGGGACUGCGAUUCACACCACAACGGCUGAUAGCCGAGGCGGUGGAAAUCACUAAGCAUCACAGCGUGAAUAGAAUCGAGGGUGUGGAGCUAGCGAGCAUUGGCGACAUCGGGUUUGGGAUAUCUCUGGUUCUUCUGGUCAUAAUCGUGACGGGGAACGUUAGCGUGCUUGUGGCGCUUCUAUACAGAAAUGUCAAAAAUCAGAUGAGAUGGUUCAUCGUUAAUCUUGCCGCAACAGAUUUGUGUGUUGCAAUCGCCGGAGUUCUUCCAGAAUGUAUACUGGACUAUACUUCUCAAUUCAGAGCACCGAUUGCAAUCUGUAAGCUAGUCAAAUACAUGGCGUCUGCAAGCACGUACGCCAGUUCUUUCGCACUGAUCGUUCUUAGUAUUGAUCGGGCAGAAGCUGUUUGCAGACCGCUGAGGGUCGCCACAUCCGGCGUUAGUAGCAAAACACAAGCCAGGCUUCUGAUUUGCGGUGCUUGGUUUGUGGCCAGUCUGUGCGGAUUACCGGGGUUGAUACUGGCACAAAAGACUGGUGAAGGAACGGACCGUGAAGCCUGCUACUUAAACUUUAGGACAGUCGAUACAAAAGUAUACAUGACGUGUAUUGCUGUGUCUGUUUUUAUGAUCCCGGCAACCAUAAUAGCCAUCUGUCAUAUUAUUAUGGUGACCACAAUAUGGAAAGCCUCAAAGUUGCAACCGGCUUUGUUUGACCAUGGUGAGAAACGCGGACGUAAUGAAUGCGAACCCACCUGUCGGUCACCGGAAUAUCCUCCACAUGUGAAAGACCACAGAAGACUCCGUCUUGCAAUCCCAAAAUAUGUGAGGCAUAAACGUUCCUCCACCGAUGGUUUUUUGCACAAACCCUCACAGAGUGCCAACAUUGCAGCCGGCUGUAUUCCCAGGGCACGAAUAAAAACGGUUAAGAUGACCUUUGUAAUUGUUUCAGUCUAUAUAAUUUGCUGGUGCCCGUUUAUGGUGUGGAACCUACUGGUUACGUUCGAGGUCCUAGAUCGGAAGGCUCGGACUCUCCUGAUGUACACCCCUCUUAUUCAGAAACUGGUUCCACUAAACUCGGCUACGAAUCCCCUGAUAUUUUGGAUAUUCAAUGCACGUAGCAUACGCAGCCAGCCUCCACAACCGCGAGCAACGUAA